AUGGCUUCUUAUUAUGGUCGAUUGUUUGUUAGAAUUGCUGGAAUAUCUGGUGCUUCUGCAGUAGGAUUAGCAGCAUAUGGAGCACAUGGUAUACAUAAAGAAGAUGAGCACAGAAAACUCAUAUUUGAUAAUGCAAAUCGACAACAUUUCUUUCAUACUCUUGCUCUUCUGGCAGUGAGCCGAUGCAAAUAUCCAUUACUAACUGGAGCGAUACUGACUACAGGAAUGCUUGUGUUUUGUGGAAGUUGUUAUUACCAAUCAAUAACAGGAGACAGUUCAAUUCGACCCAUAACACCAUACGGAGGAAUUUUGUUAAUCGUGGGAUGGCUGUCUAUGGUGCUCUGA